GUUACCCGGAAGUGCUACAUUUCAUCCGCAAUGGAGAUGCUGGCUUGUUGGCAAAACAUUUCAAGCAAGCUAUAGAUAUAUAUAAAUAAUAAUAAUAAUAGCUUACUGCAGGUAGCUAGUUUUGAUGAAAUGGUUAUAACAAAUAGCAACGUUGGAGAGAGUACGAUGUGGUCAACACGCUAUGAAUUACAACGUGCCUGCUGUAGACAAUAAGACUCAUGCGAGAAGAUUGUCCGCGCGGCUAACGCUGCCCGCCGACGGUGUUUACAUAUCUGCAAAGUAAGGAUCAUACUCGUUAGGUAGUUCUCUAGAUGUACAUGUUUGCAUAACAAAACCGCGUUCAAUAUAGACCAAUAACUCGUAGCCUUUCCACGUCCUCUGAAAGUCACUCGAAAUGAUUUAGACUGACAUGUCUGUUUAGACCUCGGUACGGAAAGCUCGAGCUGGAAUUGCGACGUCCGGGAGUUGUAUUUGUCUAGCGAGCUAGAGAGUCAACACGAACCACAAGUUGUGUCUAGCAAGCAAGCUGAACAGCAACAACACCCUUUUUGUUAUCAAAUCUGUAACCAUGUCUAUGGACGACUUCACUUCGAUCAGCCUGCUUUCCCUGGCCAUGUUGGUGGGGUGUUAUGUGGCUGGAACCAUUCCUCUGGCUGUCAACUUCUCAGAGGAGAAGCUGAAGCUGGUGACGGUCCUGGGAGCAGGGCUGCUGUGUGGUACUGCCCUGGCUGUCAUCAUCCCCGAGGGGGUCCAUGCCCUGUACGAGGAGGUCCUGGAGGGUGUGCACCACGCCCCUGGCCAGGUGGAGGGGGUGGAGGUCUCCCAGCCCAAGGAAGGUGUGGAUGCAGCUCUGGGGGUCAGUAGGGAGCACAGCCACGAUCACCUCCAUGCCUACAUCGGGGUUUCUCUGGUCCUGGGGUUCGUCUUCAUGCUGCUGGUCGACCAGAUCGGAAGCGCCCACGUACACAGCAGUGCUGACGAUCCAGAGUCUGCGAGGGUUGCCAGCUCCAAGAUCUCCACCACCUUGGGACUAGUGGUCCAUGCAGCAGCGGAUGGCGUGGCUCUCGGCGCAGCAGCUUCCACCUCUCAGACCAGUGUUCAGCUCAUUGUCUUUGUGGCCAUCAUGCUUCACAAGGCCCCAGCAGCCUUUGGCCUGGUCUCUUUCCUGAUGCAUGCUGGUCUAGAGAGGAACCGGAUCCGUAAACACCUGCUGGUCUUCGCCCUGGCAGCACCUGUCCUCGCCAUGGUUACCUUUGUAGGACUCAGCCAGUCCAGUAAAGAGGCACUGUCAGAUGUGAACGCCACGGGCGUGGCCAUGUUGUUCUCUGCCGGGACCUUCCUGUACGUUGCCACGGUACAUGUCCUUCCCGAGGUGGGCGGGACCGGACACAGCCACUCCCCCACACCGGGGAAGGAAACGGCGAAGGGACUGAGCAAGGUGGAGGUUGGGGCUCUGGUUCUGGGCUGUCUGAUACCACUGGUGCUGUCUGUGGGACACCAGCACUAGAGACACACACCCAGAGGAGGAGAAGAGAGAACGGGUGUGUCACGCUGAGCUGCACCUGGCCACCUGUUUCCAGCCUGUUAACGGACACCUGGCCACCUGUUUCCAGCCUGUUAACGGGACACCUGGCCACCUGUUUUCCAGCCUGUUAACGGGACACCUGGCCACCUGUUUUCCAGCCUGUUAACGGACACCUGGCCACCUGUUUUCCAGCCUGUUAACGGGACACCUGGCCACCUGUUUCCAGCCUGUUAACGGACACCUGGCCACCUGUUUUCCAGCAUGUUAACGGGACACCUGGCCACCUGUUUCCAGCCUGUUAACGGACACCUGGCCACCUGUUUCCAGCCUGUUAACGGACACCUGGCCACCUGUUUCCAGCCUGUUAACGGACACCUGGCCACCUGUUUCCAGCCUGUUAAAGGGACACCUGGCCACCUGUUAACGGACACCUGGCCACCUGUUUCCAGCCUGUUAACGGACACCUGACCACCUGUUUCCAGCCUGUUAACGGACACCUGGCCACCUGUUAACGGACACCUGACCACCUGUUUCCAGCCUGUUAAAGGGACACCUGGCCACCUGUUUCCAGCCUGUUAAAGGGACACCUGGCCACCUGUUUCCAGCCUGUUAAAGGGACACCUGGCCACCUGUUUCCAGCCUGUUAACGGACACCUGGCCACCUGUUUCACAGACGCAUCCGACUACAGGCUCUCGUUGCCAUAACAAAGGGGUUGAAUACUUACUGACUUAAGACGUUUCAGGUUUUCAUUUUAAAUUAGUUUGUAAACAUGAAAAGUAUUUUAUUUAAUAAAAAUAAAUAUAUGUUUUAAUGUA